AUGCUCCCCACAUACACCCCACACAGGUACAGGGGGCGAGGGAAUGGCGUCUACUUGGUGCUGAUCGUCGUCCUGAGCGUCGCGCUGGUGGCCCAGUUCGUGUACUGGAAGCGCCAGGUGUCAGAUCUGGUGCUGGAGGUGGGCGGGGUCCACAUGCGGAUGGAGAAGCAGGAGAGCACGGCGCGGAGGGUCAUGGAGGAGAAGGCGGCAUUGGGGAAGCUGAACGAGUUACUACAAGACGGGCUGAACACGUGCGAGGUGAGCGAACGCGCCCUCGAAGAUCGGGUUGGGGCGCGUCUGGUACUGUGUCCUUUGCCAAGCGUGUCGCUGCUUGCUCGGGAGCGAUUUUUCAAUCGGAGACGAUGA